AUUAAAUUUCAAAUUUAUGAGUUACCCUUAUGGAUUUUGCUCUCCACAACGCCCCUUACCCCCUUAAUUAUAUUACCAAAAUCCCAUUCCCCAAUAGAGAUAAGCCCCAUAUUCUCUUCCACCCCCAGUAAUUUUUUCAAAUAUCAUUAUAGGUUUACCGCCCAUAACCUGUUGGAGUGAGACCUCCUCAAUAACCUUAUUAUCCAUAAUAUUAAAUUCAAAAUCAAAUCCCACCCACUAAUUAUGGCCAAAGCCCAGUAAAACCUUAGUCAGCUUUACAAUAAUCAUACCCAACCCAUUAACAAAAUCCAAGAAUCACCCCCAAUUAUCCCCCUUAAGUUUAUAAGUAAUAAUAACAGGUCGUUCCAAAACCCCAAGCACCAUAAUAAUAAAUUCCACCUUAAUAAAGAGGAACAGCUCAAUAUCCUUAUUAGCCAUAAUAGUAAUAAGUAUAGAAGUAGUAGCCACAGCAAUAGUAACCCCAAUACUAAUAACCAGUGUAGUAAAAUUAGAAUAAGGUUGCUUAGCCUCCAAAAUAGCCUUAUUAAUAAUAAUAUUUACCAAGUUAAUCAAAACCUUAAUCACAUCCUUCCUAACAUAGACCCGAGUAGCAAAACUAAUAAAUUCCAUAACAAUAAUAAUAAGUCAAUAAACCUCCUUAACAAUAUAAGUAACCAUAAUAAUCUUAGAAGGAUGAUGACUUGGAAAAGAAAUUCUAAGAUGCCAUUGAUAGAACAAGAGAUCUUGUGUAAAAAUAUUAAAACCCAUCAACAAAACAACCUUAAUAACAACAAUAAUCAAAUCCAUAACCAAAACAAGAGUAACAAACUAAUCAACCUUAAGUUAAUGAUAACUAGUUAUAGGAAUUAGCCCUCUAAUAUGAGGACGGCUAUAUCUAUAGAGGCUAGGGUUAUGAACCAGCCACUAGAGAAGGUUAUGGUGUUUUAACUGAUUAAGACGAUAAUCCAGUUUAUGAUGGUCAAUGGAAGGACAAUCAAUAUCAUGGCUAAGGCAAGUUGAUCAAUGUUCAAGCUGAAUAGAUUGAUGGUCCUUUUGAUUAUUAAGAUUUAAGUGUGAUUGAAAAUGGAUGGCUUGGAUAUGAAGGUAAUCUAAUAGCAAUUAUGAAUUAGGUGAUUUCUUUGAAGGCAAAAUGAAUGGUUUUGGAAAAUUAUAACUUACAAAUGGAGAGAUGUUUGAAGGCCAAUUUUAAGACGGUAUGAUCGAUGGUGAAGGUGUAUUUUCUGCUGUGAAUGGCUAAACUAUUAAGGGAUUAUGGAGGGAAGGAGUAUUAACUUAAGUUGUUGCUUGAUUCAAACAUUCA